AUGUUUGCGAAUAUUAAGUUGGAAAGCUGGCAGCAAUCGUGGCUAAGAAAGGGUUUCUUGGGAGUUGGCUUGGCAGCAGCAGGAGCGGCCGCUUUAAUUGCUGGUGCACUGAAAGCAGAUGCAGCUGAAUGUGAACCAGCAAAUCAAGCAGAGCCUCAGGCAGAGGGAGGAGAGCGCCGGCAGCUGUACCCCCCUACUGAGCCCCACACAUCUGGCUACCUCCAAGUGUCUGACCUUCACAAGAUAUAUUGGGAAGAGUGCGGAAAUCCCGAUGGACAGCCCGUAGUGUUCCUCCAUGGGGGUCCCGGGGCCGGCACCGCUCCUGUCAACCGCCGCUUCUUCGAUCCCGAGUUCUACCGCAUCAUCCUGGUCGAUCAGCGUGGGGCAGGGAAGAGCAUCCCGCACGCGUCCCUGGUGGACAACACGACUUGGCAUCUGGUCGAAGACCUCGAGAAGCUCAGAAAGAUCCUUAAGUUUGACAAAUGGCUGGUUUUUGGCGGUUCGUGGGGCAGCACCCUCUCUCUGGCGUAUGCACAAACACACCCAGAACGGGUAGUGGGACUGGUCCUCCGUGGCAUCUUCAUGAUCCGAAAGCACGAAAUCAAUUGGUUCUACCAACGGGGCGCGGACCACAUUUUUCCAGACGCCUGGGAGCCGUAUCGGGACUUCAUUCCGCCGGACGAGCGUUCCGGCCUGGUGGCGGCUUACCACCGGCGGCUUAUGAACGACAAGGACCCGGAAACGCAGAUAGCGGCCGCUCGCGCAUGGACCGCGUGGGAGAUGUCCACGGCGUACUUGCGGCCGUCGCAAGAAUCCAAAGAGAGGGGCGAAGACGACAAGUUUGCGUUGGCUUUCGCGCGCAUUGAGAACCACUACUUCGUCAACGGCGGCUUCUUCCCCUCCGACUCGUGGCUGCUCGAUAACGUCGGCAAGUUGCGGCACAUACCCGCGGUGAUUGUCCAGGGCCGGUAUGACGUCGUCUGCCCGAUGACGUCAGCUUGGGACUUGCACCGAGCAUGGCCCGACGCUGAGUUCAAGGUUGUUCCGGACGCGGGCCACUCGGCCAACGAAGCGGGGAUUGGCGCGGAGCUUGUGGCGGCGACGGAGCGGUUCAAACGGUUGUAUGCCGACGGCAAAGCUGGUAAAAGUAGCUGACACGAUAGCCUAACGAGUUGCACGGAAGUAGAGCUAGUGACAUGCGUAGGAGACCACAUGCCGCCUCUGUAAGCGGGCCUCAACUCUAAAAACAAGCCCUUGACCUUUGACCUGCAAAAAGUCCGUCUCUUUGCCUUGUUGAUUGAAAUUGGAACCUGAGCGGACUUGUUACAAGUAGGACUACGAUUUGUCCCUUGUUUGGUUGUGUAGCAUGUGGCAUUCUAUGCUUGCAAAUCAGAUAAGACUUCUUCUUUGAUUCUGAUGACGUGUGUUUUGCGCUUAUCCAGAAGCUUUGAGAGUCAUUGGCCCUGGAU